CUCCAGUCCUUCGCCAAUCUCAUCUCCACGUCACGUCAUGUGAAGUAGCUUGCACUCCAAGUGUCCUCUCCCUUCCGAGGCAGCAGCAGCGGCACAAGCAAAAGGAAAGAAAAAUAAAUGACUGCAAACCCCAUUCAAAAAUGAACUCCUGAGCCGCCCACAGCAGGCCUGCAGCAAAGUCUCGCCCUCGGAUCCCAGCCGGCGCAUGCUAUCGUGUUUGAAACGGUCCUGCGGUACAUCGACACGCGACCCAAAGGGAAGUCUCAUCGCGCCAACCCACGGCUCUUAACCGCCCUCAGACUGCGCCAAUCGCUGCGCUGCUGCGAAGCGCUCGGCCGGGAGCAUCUUCAACACCGAACCCAACACUCCUGCUCCGCCAGACGCCGCCCUGCACAUCGUCUGACAACAAUGGCGAAACAAGCGCCAAUGACGGCCAGGGAGCUCGAAGCACAUCCUGAAUUUCCCUAUGUGACCUGGGACCUCAAGCCCGUCGAGAAAGGCAAACUCGCCGUUGCUGCAAACCGAGGCGGGCCUUUGAACAUCUCUUACGAAGUCCAUGGAGCUGGUCCCCGUAAGCUGGUUGUAUGUUUCUUAAUUUUUUUUUCUUUCUCUUUCCGUUUCUUUUUUUCUCCCUUUUUUUUUAAAAAAAAAAUAUUUUUUUUCCCACCUUUCCUUUGCCCGGCCUUCUCGGCCCCGAACUAUUUCGUCCAGCUUGAUUCAAACCCUCGUCCUGGUCAACUUUGUCCCCGUUGGGGUGUUUUGGCCCUCGGAUUGUGCAGCGGAGGGUCUUGAGUUGGCAGAUAUGUUUCGACCGGAAAGAGAGUCAGACCAGCUGCAAUUCCAAAUCGCGUGGAGUGCUGGCUUUGGAUUUGUAACACAUCACGUCGACGGACCCACGUAUACUGAUCAUGAUGGCAGUUCGUCAUGGGCCUAGGAAGCCUCAAGUCUUCGUGGCAAAGACAAACAAAGGACUUUGGCCAUACUCAGGGUGACAAGUACAGUUGUCUUGUCAUGGACAACCGCGGAAUUGGCGAGUCUGACAAGCCUCUUAUGCGCUACUCCACAUCAGAAAUGGCGAGGGAUGUUCUGGAAGUUAUCGAUCACAUAGGUUGGAAGGAGCAGCGCCAAUUGCACGUGAUUGGUAUAAGUAUGGGAGGCAUGAUAAGUCAAGAGCUUGCCCUUCUGAUACCGGAGCGCAUUGCCAGCCUGUCACUUGUUUCAACCGCCGCCGCCAUCAAAAAUACGGUUGGCUUUGUUGAGAAUCUCAGGAACCGCAUAAAUCUAUUCAUUCCUCGGCCGAUCGACGAACAACUCGCCAUCGUCAAGUACAAUCUGGCGAGCCCCGAGUGGCUGGUCAAACCGGAUGAGCUUGAAUACACGAAGGAGCCGUUUCCUACUAACGGAGAUCGCAUUGCUGCAAGCGAAGUGACAAAGCGAAAGGACACGACAGCCUACACGCGCAAGGGCUUCAUAGCUCAAGCCAUCGCCGCUGGCUGGCAUUACAAGUCGCCCCAGCAGCUCGCAGAACUGGGAGACAAGGUGGGCAGAGAACGGAUCAUGGUUGUGCACGGCGGCAUCGACAGAAUGAUCACCUUUCCCCACGCCGAAGUCCUGCUUCAAGGCCUGGGAGGCACCGAGCGAGGCAUCACCGUGCAUUUCGAGCCUGGUCAAGGCCACAUCAUCCCGAUCGAAAUGAGGCACGAGUUCCGCAAGUGGGUGGAGGAGCUUAUUGACAAGACGGAAAAUUUAUCUUGAAUUCAUCAUGCAGACGUGGAGACGUACUAUUUCGUUGAUGGGGAUUAGACUUUUUUUUUGGUGCCGUCUAGAUCACAAGCAGGCGGUUCGCGCUCAUAGAGGGCAGGCAGAAGCAGAGCAACUGCCGCACAGGGCCGAUCCUGCCACGCGUAAUGUUUAACAUAAGUUUUUUUUUUUAUGGGAAUAGUUGAAGAAGGCGCAUCCCGUAUCAGCGAGGGGAGAGGACGAUACAUGUCUACAUUACGGUUACAUGGGCCUUUGAGGCAGGCUUUCAGUUAGGAGAACACAUAACACACCACCGAAACGUGCGAUUUCUACCGUCACCACCAGACCUUCACCGAGUUUUGCUGGAUCUGCUUUUCGCUCAAUGCGUUGAGGAAGCGACAAGGCUAUUCAUGGCAAAAGGCGUAGGCUGGCUGCUUUGAGCUCUGAGGAUAAAUUGGCGGCGUCGACUGUCCUUAACAAAAG